AUGGCGACUGGCGCGCAGAAUUUCUACGAGCUCUACCGUCGUAGCAGUGUAGGCACCGCUCUGACAGACACCCUCGAUGACCUGAUUACCGAGAACCGCAUCGACCCGCAGCUUGCGAUGAAGAUCCUGGCCAACUUUGACCGCGCCAUCACCGAGGUCCUGCAGGAGAAGGUUCGCUCGCGCCUCACCUUUAAGGGCAGCCUCGACACGUACCGCUUCUGCGACGAGGUCUGGACCUUCCAGCUCAAGAACGUCACGUUCAAGAUGGAGAACGGCAGCCAGGUCGUGUCGGCGGACAAGGUCAAGAUUGUGUCUUGCACGGCCAAGCCUCAGGGCGCGAACGCAUAG